CAUGUGACGUGUCUGCCUGCCGCAGAACCGGAUGCUGGUGGCGGACUGUCCGGUAUAGAUGUCAGAUGAAGUGUAAACCGAGAAAAGGGCUCUAGAUUUGUAUGUAAAUCUGAUCGAGCAGACUGGCCGGUGUGAACAUGCUGCUGUGGCUGCUGGGACCCGCGCUGCUGGCUCGGGCGGCCGGUUUCUACCUCCCGGGUCUGGCUCCCGUCAGCUUCUGUGAGCCUGGGAAAGACCAGGUCCCAGACUGCAAGUCGACCAUUGAGCUGUUUGUGAACCGCCUGGAUUCAGUGGAGUCUGUGCUGCCUUAUGAAUACACUGUGUUUGACUUCUGCUCUGAGAACACCAUGAAACGUCCCUCAGAGAAUCUGGGCCAGGUUCUUUUUGGGGAGAGGAUCGAACCCUCGCCAUACAAGUUUGAGUUUAAGAAAACCGCGGUGUGUCAGCCGGUGUGUACCAAAGUCUAUGACAGCAGCAAGCCAUCAGACAAAGCCAAACUGGACUUCCUCAAGAAAGGCAUGUUUCUCAACUACCAGCACCACUGGAUUGUGGAUAACAUGCCAGUCACCUGGUGCUAUGAUGUUGAAGAUGGACAGAAGUUCUGUAAUCCUGGUUUCCCUAUUGGCUGUUACGUCACAGAAGCAGGCCGACCCAAAGAUGCCUGCGUGGUCAACUCUAACUUUAAUGAAAAGGAUGCUUUUUACAUCUUCAACCACGUGGACAUCUCCAUACAUUACCACAUCGUUGAGCACGAACAACUUGGAGCACGACUGGUUGCUGCCAAGAUUGAACCCAAAAGCUAUGAAAAUAAAAAUGAUGACAAGCCUGAUUGUUCUGGAGGGCCAAAGUUCCUAAAAAACAAAGACACAGGAGUGUUCAAGAUCCCAUACACUUACUCCAUCAGUUUUGUGGAAGACAAGAAUAUUCGCUGGGCGUCUAGAUGGGACUACAUCCUGGAGUCAAUGCCUCACACCAACAUCCAGUGGUUCAGCAUAAUGAACUCGUUGGUGAUUGUGUUGUUCCUGUCUGGAAUGGUAGCGAUGAUCAUGCUGCGGACACUGCACAAAGACAUCGCCAGAUACAAUCAGAUGGACUCUGUGGAGGAUGCCCAGGAGGAGUUUGGGUGGAAGUUGGUCCAUGGAGAUGUGUUCCGACCUCCCAGGAAAGGAAUGCUGCUGUCGGUUUUCCUUGGCUCUGGAACCCAGAUCUUCAUUAUGACCUUUGUCACCCUGUUCUUUGCCUGUCUUGGGUUCCUGUCUCCUGCAAACCGCGGGGCUCUGAUGACGUGUGCUGUUGUUCUCUGGGUUCUUCUGGGAACUCCUGCCGGAUAUGUGGCUGCUCGCCUCUACAAAUCUUUUGGAGGAGAGAAGUGGAAGACCAACGUCCUGCUGACAGCCUUCCUCUGUCCUGGGGUGGUAUUUGCAGAUUUUUUUGUGAUGAACUUGAUCCUGUGGGGUGAAGGGUCUUCAGCAGCCAUGCCAUUUGGGACCCUGGUUGCCAUAUUAGCUCUUUGGUUCUGUAUCUCGGUGCCGCUUACCUUCAUAGGAGCAUACUUUGGCUUCAAGAAGACAGGUAUCGAGCACCCAGUCCGGACCAAUCAGAUCCCUCGUCAAAUCCCAGAGCAGUCGUUCUACACAAAGCCUUUCCCUGGUAUCAUCAUGGGAGGAAUUCUGCCUUUUGGAUGUAUAUUUAUUCAGCUUUUCUUCAUACUAAACUCCAUCUGGUCCCAUCAGAUGUACUACAUGUUUGGCUUCCUUUUCCUGGUCUUCAUCAUCCUGGUCAUCACCUGCUCUGAGGCCACCAUCCUGCUCUGCUACUUCCACUUAUGUGCUGAGGACUACCAUUGGCAGUGGCGUUCCUUCCUGACCAGCGGCUUCACUGCUGUCUAUUUCCUGGUCUACGCCAUUCAUUACUUCUUCUCUAAGCUGCAAAUCACCGGACUGGCCAGCACCAUCCUGUACUUUGGAUACACCAUGAUCAUGGCUCUCAUCUUUUUCUUAUUCACUGGUACGAUCGGCUUCUUUGCCUGUUUCUGGUUUGUUACCAAGAUCUACAGUGUGGUCAAAGUGGACUGACAAUAUAUGGAAGGAGGUUCACCCAUCAGUCUCUGGAACAUUCAGUGCUGUCCAACUGAACUGAACCUUCACCUCCUCAUUUCCUCAGACAGGACUCUGACAGAUGACAGUUUUCUUUCUUUUCUGUGCCUAACAUGUGUACGCUGGGUUGUAAUCUUGUACAUACAGUAUCUAUCUGCAUAUAAUCUGAAUGGAAUGAAUCAUAACUGUACAAGCCUCCUCCCGGUAUCCGACACACACACCCUCUCAGAACGCAUUGACGCACAGCUGGGACCGAGGACAGAAACUGUGUCAGCUGUCGCGUCAUGGCGUUUGAGGUUUGUUUCAUGAUCCGUGUGCACUUUGUGUUUGCAGAUGUAGUUGGACAUUGUAGUCAUACAAAUAAAGCUGUGAGGGUCUGCUUCUUAACAGCUGCUACUGCUACUUUCCCUGUGGACACUGGAUAUGUCAGAAUGGGGUCAUACGGCUGUUCCAUUCUUUAGCGCAGCCUACUUGUUUAAAUUUUAAGGUCACAACCAGUGACUGCUUUGUGGAACACAAUUUCCUCAAAUGUUCAGUUCUUUGAGGCGUGUGGGGGGUGGGACGGAUGAAUCCUCUGCUGAGAAUUUGGGAAGAAGUUGCAGGUUCAGCCAACUAGCCUGCAGUUCUGUGAAAGAGCAGGCAGGCUGCAGUUUGACAGCUUCCAUAAUGAAAUAAACUUUUGUCCUGGCCUAUAAUCUUUUUUAUUUUUUAAGAAACAUAAAAUCCUGUAUUUCAAUUAUAGGUUGACAGAACAUUAUUCUUAGGUUAUGUCAAAGGUUAAGAGUUUUUCUUAAAACUUAAACAUUUAUUGAAAUUGAGUUCUCAACUUUUAUUUAUUUUGAACAGUGUUCAACAGUGAGGUUAACAGACAUUACCAGCAGGCAGUAGUUUCAUAAAGCUUACAUUAUGGGCAACGUCAAUAUCAUGUUGGCCCACGUUUCGCUUUUUUCUUUGAUUGCUGCAGAACGCCACAGUGAAACUACCGCCAGCUAGUAGAACACAGGCUAGUUCAGACAUUGGGCUCUGGGUCUCUGUUCACCUUCUCUCAAUGACCUCCAGAAAAUAACACAAACUAGGGUUAUAUCGUCGAUAGAACGUAUCUUAUGAACAGAACCCGGCAGCUUUCCUGUUCUGUCCUUUCAUAGGUUGUCACAAUUGGUUACAUUGAUUUCUCUAUACUGCGCUCAUAUUGUCACAUCUCUUCACAGUUAUUGAUACAUGCUUUUGUACCAUAACAAUUGAAACAUUUCUUUACAACAAAUCUUCAGUCAGAACACCAUGACCUAAAAAAUCCACUAAAACUUACAAUAUAUAUCACUAUUGUCUCAUUGUAUUUGCACAAGCCAAGAUUCUAUUACAACAAAAGGAACGGCACCUCUUUCUGCAUGGAUGUCUAUACAUACAGGACAGCCACAUAUACAGAUACACAGUACCGCAGUGCGAGUCAACUCUUCUCUAAUAUGUAAAGUCAUGUGUAAAAUGGACUGUCAAUACACACAUUUUUUUAAACAAUUUGUGAAAUUAAAACGAUGCUGAUUUAAUUGAAUGCAUUUUAUGUUAAAGCAAUGAAAAGUUACCAACAGUUAAAUCCACAUUGACUGCUGUGCUUUUGAAAAAUGAACAGUGUUGUAAAGUAUGUGUAACCAAUUGUAACGCAAAUUCUGAGCCUUUAAUGAAGAGAGACAACAGGUUGAAGAGCCAUCACCCUCACAACCCAACAGUGCACACCUCAUAACUGCUUCUGUAACAAGAGCAGAAUACAUUCAUUUGUUCAGCUGAAAGUCAUUCUGGUGAGAGCGGACAAACUCCCAGCUUUAGUGACGACAGAGCUGACUGCUUAUUAUUUUCAGCUCAUCAGUUGCUUUGCCUUGUUCCCAGCUUUCUGUAGAGGGCUGCACAGUGAGCCAGUGAAGCAGGCCAUGUGUCAGAGGCUUUUCAACUUGGCGUUUGAAACAUUUAUUGUAAGUAACUUUUUCUAAUGUAAAACGUGGACUGGGAAAUGGAACAAAUGAGAAUGAGUGGAUGAACUUGUCCGUUACCAUGGAAACAUUUCAACUUCUAAUAUUCGUGUGUUUCAAACUAUGGUUUGUUAGGGGUUUCAUGUUAUUAAUUAAUGACUAAUAAUUAAAUUUGAUUUUUCCUUUCUCUCA